CGCUAAUAAAAGGAACAGAAAGAUGGAUAAACUUGUCGGAAUUACUGCUACUACUCUCACUUGUUCGCAUUCAAAACGAUUUUCUGUAGGUCCACCAAUCCUUCCUCCUCCACAAGAUCUUACAUCUGUCUUCACUUUCCUAAAGCCACUCUUCAUUCAAACUUCCAUAUACCUCCUGAUUUUCGUCACUGCACUGUUUAUAUAUACUUACUACUACCUGUUGUGUAAUUGAGUUCAGUUUGGUGAUCUAGUUUUGUGCAUUUUGGAGAAAGGGUGAUUAUGCGAUCGAUGUCGAUACCGAAGGAGCCGGAGCAAGUGAUGAAACGGAGAGAUGGAUCGGUUUUGGGGAAGAAAACGAUUCUGAAAAGUGAUCAUUUUCCAGGUUGCCAGAACAAACGAUUGUCUCCUCACAUUGACGGUGCUCCUAAUUAUCGCAAGGCCGACUCUUUGCAUGUUCAUGGUGUUGCUAUUCCAACAGUUGAAGGCAUCCAAAAUGUUCUCGACCAUAUUGGAGCUCAACUGAGUGGAAAGAAGACUCACAUUCUCUGGUUUAAUCUUCGUGAGGAACCGGUGAUAUAUAUUAAUGGACGCCCGUUUGUCUUGCGUGAAGUAGAAAGGCCCUUCUCUAAUCUCGAAUAUACGGGAAUUAAUAGGAAAAGAGUGGAGCAAAUGGAGGAUCGCUUGAAAGAAGAUGUUCUGCUAGAAGCUGCAAGAUAUGGAAAUAAGAUCCUUGUAACUGAUGAGCUUCCUGAUGGUCAGAUGGUGGAUCAAUGGGAACCAGUAACAUAUGAUUCUGUGAAAACACCCUUACAGGUGUACGAGGAACUGCAAUCAAAAGAGUACCUUGUCGAAUAUGAACGUGUUCCUAUUACAGACGAAAAAUCACCUAAAGAGCUGGAUUUUGAUAUUCUUGUUCUUAGAAUUUCUCAAGCUGAUGUGAAGACACAGAUUAUAUUUAAUUGUCAAAUGGGACGUGGGCGAACAACCACAGGAAUGGUGAUUGCUACAUUGGUGUACCUUAAUCGAAUAGGGGCUUCUGGAAUCCCGAGGAGCAAUUCCAUUGGUAGAGUUUCUGACUGCAUCUCUAAUCUGAAUGACACAUUAGCAAACUCAGAGGAGGCAAUUCGUAGAGGGGAAUAUGCUGUAAUUAGAAGCUUGAUACGGGUAUUAGAGGGCGGUGUCGAAGGCAAAAGACAAGUGGAUAAAGUCAUAGACAAAUGUUCCUCUAUGCAGAAUUUACGUGAAGCUAUUGCCAUCUAUCGCAAUAGCAUUUUGCGCCAACCUGAUGAGAUGAAGAAAGAGGCAGCACUUUCGUUUUUUGUGGAGUACUUAGAAAGAUAUUACUUCCUCAUAUGUUUUGCUGUGUAUCUCCAUACACAACGAGAUGCACUUUUUUCUACUCUCCCUGCUCAUUGCAGCUUUAGUGAUUGGAUGAAAGCAAGACCGGAGUUGUAUAGUAUAAUCCGCCGGUUGCUAAGGAGAGACCCAAUGGGAGCACUUGGCUAUACGAGCAAACCUUCUCUUGAUAAAUUAGUUGACACUGCGGAUAGUCGCCCUUCUGAGAUGGGGCAAGUAGCAGCUUUGAGGAACGGAGAGGUUCUUGGACCUCAAACUGUUCUUAAGAGUGACCACUGUCCUGGCUGUCAACAUCCUGGCUUGCCAGAAAUAUUAGAAGGUGCUCCUAACUUUAGAGAAAUUCCAGGAUUUCCUGUGUAUGGUGUUGCAAAUCCAACUGUUUGUGGGAUUCGAUCUGUAAUUCAAAGGAUUGGUAGCUCCAAAGGUGGACGUCCAGUUUUCUGGCACAAUAUGAGAGAAGAACCUGUUAUUUACAUCAAUGGAAAACCAUUUGUGCUCCGUGAGGUUGAAAGGCCAUUAAAAAAUAUGCUUGAAUACACGGGGAUUGAUCGUGAAAGAGUGGAAAAAAUGGAAGCUCGAUUAAAGGAUGACAUUAUGCGAGAAGCUGACCGUUAUCAAGGAGCAAUAAUGGUUAUUCAUGAAACUGAUGACGGUCAAAUAUUUGAUGCUUGGGAACAUGUGAGCUCUGAUGCAGUUCAAACUCCCGUCGAGGUCUUUAAGUGCUUGGAGGCUGAUGGUUUUCCUAUAAAGUAUGCUCGUGUUCCAAUCACUGAUGGCAAAGCUCCCAAAAGUUCUGACUUCGAUGUAUUGUCUUUUAAUAUAGCAUCUGCUUCCAAGGAUACUGCUUUUGUCUUUAAUUGCCAGAUGGGUAUAGGGAGGACUACUACUGGAACUGUAACUGCAUGCCUUUUGAAAUUACGUAUUGAUUGUGGGAGACCCAUUAGAGUAUUGCAUGAUGCAUCAAAUCUUGAUUUAGGUGGUGGUAUGUCAAGCGGUGAUGAAAGUGAAGGCCAAGCCCAUCCACCUGCAUCAUUAGUAUUGAAAAGUAGACCUCAAACACAUACAAAUGACACAUUUGGGAUAAAUGACAUCCUGUUGCUCUCGAAAAUAACAAGAUUGUUUGAUAAUGGGGUGGAAUGCCGAGAGGCCUUAGAUGCUAUUAUUGAUCGAUGUUCAGCUCUGCAGAACAUACGCCAAGCAGUCUUGCAAUACAGAGAGUUGUUUAAUCAGCAGCAUAAUGAGCCUAGAGAAAGAAAAGUAGCACUAAAUCGUGGUGCUGAAUACUUGGAAAGAUAUUUUCGUUUGAUUGCUUUUGCUGCAUAUCUUGGCAGCGAAGCAUUUGAUGGAUUUUGUGGACAAGGCGAAUCGAGGAUGUCAUUCAAAGAUUGGCUGCACAAGAGGCCGGAGGUUCAAGCAAUGAAGUGGUCAAUUAGAUUAAGGCCUGGGAGAUUCUUUACCAUCCCUGAGGAACUAAGAGCUCCCCAUGAGUCACAGCACGGAGAUGCUGUUAUGGAAGCUAUUGUGAAAGAUCGGAAUGGCUCUGUUCUUGGAAAAGGGUCUAUUCUCAAGAGGUACUUCUUUCCUGGCCAAAGAACUUCAAGUCACAUACAAAUUCACGGUGCUCCUCAUGUUUACAAGGUUGAUGGAUACUCCAUUUAUAGCAUGGCAACACCUACAAUUGCUGGUGCAAAGGAGAUGUUAACUUACCUUGGUGCAAAGCAGACGUCAAAAGAAGGAUUUGCUAAAAGAGUAAUUUUAACUGAUCUGAGAGAAGAGGCUGUUGUUUAUAUCAAUGGAACACCUUUUGUUCUUAGAGAAUUGAAUAAGCCUGUUGAAUCCUUGAAGCAUGUAGGAAUCACUGGUCCAUUGGUGGAACACUUGGAGGCACGGUUAAAAGAUGACAUCCAAUGUGAGAUUAGACAAUCUGGUGGUAGGAUGCUUUUGCAUCGUGAAGAGUAUAGCCCAACUUCAAAUCAAGUUAGUAUCAUUGGAUAUUGGGAGAACAUAUUCGUAGAUGAUGUUAAGACUCCUGCUGAGGUAUAUGCAAGCCUGAAGUAUGAAGGGUAUGACAUGACCUAUAGGAGGAUACCAUUGACUAGAGAGAAAGAAGCGCUGUCUUCGGAUAUUGAUGCUAUCCAAUACUGUACAGAUGAUGCUGCAGGAUCUUACCUUUUUGUAUCACACACUGGAUUUGGAGGGAUUGCUUAUGCAAUGGCUAUUAUUUGUUUAAGGCUUGAAGUUGAGGCUAAGUUGUCAUUAGAUAUUCAUCGACCAUUGGAAAGUACUGUUCUUCCAUGUCCACCUCUAGAGAAUUUCAAUGUUCAAAUUUCUGAUGAAGAAGCACGGAGAAUGGGUGACUAUCGGGACAUAUUAAGCCUCACUAGGGUUCUUGUGCACGGGCCUGAGAGUAAGACAGAUGUUGAUGCUUUAAUAGAAAGGUGUGCAGGUGCAGGUCAUUUACGAGAAGAUAUAGUUCAAUAUUCACAGGAGCUGGAAAGGAACUUAGAUGGAGAUGAAGAACGUCGAGCAUACCUCAUGGAUAUGGGCAUUAGAGCUUUAAGGCGAUAUUUUUUCCUGAUCACAUUUAGAUCCUAUCUUUACUGCUGUUCUCCAGAUGAGAUAACAUUUAGUGAAUGGAUGGACGCAAGACCUGAGCUUGGCCACCUGUGUGAUAACCUUAGAAUUGACAUAUAAUGAGGAUAAUGUCAACACGUCUUCUGUGUGCAUAUCUACAAACUCGCAGAGAUUUGGAAUAAAGUUGAUCGGAUUGAGAAGUUGCUGAUUUAUCGUUUUUCGAAAGGAGCUGAUAGCUAUAGCACGUAAUUCGGUCAGAACAUAGAUGGCCGUGCUGCAGCCAAGCAAAGAGGACACAAAUUGCUAGACUGAAGCAACAGAAGUCAAGAUGAUUUGAAAGAACUAUUGCCAUGUGUAACAUAAGGAAACUUUGUAGGUUAAGGUGGGUCAAAGUUGCUAGUUAAGGAAUAUUUCAGUACUCUAGUGAUCAAACUGUAAAGUUAGUUCCGAGCCGAUGUAUGUGUAUACUAGCUUUUCUGUGUAUAUGCAGAGAAAUAUAAAGUAGCAUCCUAGUUGCAGAUGUAUUGACAUGUUGCGUGUUAAUAACUAUUGACAUGUAUAGAAGCUGCUUC